AAGACAAACAGAGCAAGAGCCCAUCGAACCCUAAAGGCCUAUCUCUAGAUUUUGCACAGCUGCAACUCACACAUACACAUUACAUAGAUUCUCGAGUAAACUAAUUUUGAUCCGAUCACGAAAGAACUCUUUACUGCAUUAGAUUUGAGAGAUCCUACUACUAAAUCUAACUACAAGCAUUAAACUUUUUUUCUCUCAUCUCUUUGCUCUGCUUUCUUCUGGUCAACCACACGACACGAGAUUCCUUCCAUUCAUAUGUAGGAAAAAAAAAAAAAAUCUGAUUUUGGAAAGAGAGGAUUUUUCAGAGAUGGGUCUCUUCGAAACGGUGAAAUCAAUCGAUUGGGAACAAGAAUCGUACCCAAAUUACCAAGAUUUGGCUUUUUUGCCUCUCUUUGCAGUGUUCUUCCCUUCAAUUCGAUUUCUACUUGAUAGAUUCGUCUUUGAGAAAUUGGCAAAUCUUGUGAUCUAUGGAAGGAAGAGUACGAAUAAGAGUGACAACAUAAAAGAGAAGAAGAAAAAUAGUCACAAAGUACGAAAAUUCAAAGAGUCAGCUUGGAAGUGUAUUUACUAUCUCUCAGCUGAGCUACUUGCUUUAUCUGUCACUUAUAAUGAGCCUUGGUUUUCAAAUACUCUCUACUUUUGGCUUGGUCCUGGUGAUCAGAUUUGGCCUGACCAACAGAUGAAGUUAAAGUUGAAGUUUUUAUAUAUGUUUGCUGCUGGAUUCUACACGUACUCCAUAUUCGCGUUGGUGUUUUGGGAAACAAGACGGUCUGAUUUUGGAGUUUCCAUGGGUCAUCAUAUCACAACUGUUGUUCUCAUUGUCCUCUCCUACUUCUGCAGGUUAUCUCGUGCUGGUUCUGUUAUUCUUGCACUUCAUGAUGCGAGUGAUGUGUUCUUGGAAAUUGGGAAAAUGUCUAAAUACUGCGGAGCUGAGACGCUAGCGAGUAUCUCCUUUGUUCUUUUCGCCUUGUCAUGGGUUGUUCUACGUCUCAUUUACUAUCCUUUCUGGAUCCUGUGGAGCACAAGAUUCCGAAAGCGACGAUGAACACGAGGAUUGAUAGCAUGUCUGGGGAUACUCAAGAGACUUCAGAGUUCAACAUCAAGCCGGAUUCAGUGCAGGGUGGUUUUGCUUAAAGAAAAGUUUUAACAGUUCCGGAGGAUCAUAACCGGAUGAAACCGUUUUGAAUAGAUCGGUUUCUCAAUCUGAUCUUAAUUUUUGAGUUUAUUGGUUUCUCUAAAAAGUUUGAGCAAAUUCAAGAUUUUGAUUAGACCACUACACUGCUCAAACCGCUUAACUUCUUGUUUAUUUUAAAUUUAUGGACUUCAUUUAUGCUU